AUGACACUUCAAGAGCCAAAUAAUGUUUCUGGGCAUAUUAUUCUAGAAGCAUCAAUAUUUAUCUAUAAUGACAGUAGCUAUGCCCAUCCAUCACGUAAUUAUCAUAUGUACGGCAUUCCUGUACAAAAUAAUUAUUAUUUCUUCUCAACUCCGAAGCUUCAUUUAGAAUUUGAGAAAGCAGCAAAACUCAUUGUCAACGCAUAUUCGAAUCCUGAGAUCAAUAUCACAGAAAACAGCGAAGCGCUUGAUAAAUACAUCAAAAAGACCUUAAAUUAUACUGAAAAAGCGCCGACAGUAGCAUCACUUAUGUUCUAUAAUGUUACAAUGCCUAGUUCAGUAAGAACUUUUGAUACCAGUUCUGGUGUCAACGGAACCAUUACAUAUGAUAAAAAGAUUACAUUCUCAGCAACACUAAUCAACUACAUCAAAUUUGUCCGUGAAGGUAAAAUAUUCGGUGUGUUGAUUGGCUUUUCAAUACUUAUCAAUUUCAUGGCAUGGAAAUCUUUAUUCAGUAAUUUUAAGUCAUCUGCGUCACUUUAUCACUUAUCAUUAGGUACAUUUAUCAUGCACAUAAGCUUUGACUUCUCUUUUGCCUUAUAUUUCUUUGAUUUGACCUCAACGGCGUUCGAAUUUGUUAAUUUAUUCCUAUUUUUAUUCAUUUGCACGACAACAAUGUUUAUUGUUUGCAUGCAACUUAUAGCUCUUAUCUGGAGAGCCCAAAAUCCAGGAGUAGAUGAUGAAUUAAGGCCUUCUUUUAUGAAUUUAAUUAUUGGAAUUUCUUCAUCUAUGUUUUUAUACAGCUUUUCGACAUCUGUUGUUUUUCAGAUGCCAAUAAUAACACUUACUUUCAUGUACUCUUUCUUCAUACCGCAAAUACUUUACACCGCAAGAACACCGGGGAAGAAAAAAGGUGACGAAGUAUUCAAUAUUUUGAUAAGUUUACAAAGGCUUAUUCCUCUAUGGUAUUCGACCAUGUACAAGAACAAUGUACAUGAAACUCAUUCCGUUGUAAUAGGAAUUUCUUUUACCGUCUAUGUGCUGUUCCAGCUUUUAAUUAUGUUCUUGCAAUCGAAAUAUGGAGGAUUAUUCUUUUUACCGAGUUUCGCAAAGCCAAAGAUCGUUGAUUACCUUAGUGAAAGACCUCCACCGCACUCGGAAUGUCCUAUUUGCAUGUGUGAAAUCUUUGAUCAAGAAGAAACUGCUGUUACACCUUGCCAUCACAACUUCCACAAGGGAUGUCUUGCAAGAUGGCUUGAAGAAGAUAUGGUGUGCCCGAUUUGCAGGGCUCCUUUGCCACCAUUAACUUAA